UCUUACAGUUUCAGUUAACGUUUUUCACUGAGCGCGUCAACAACAGCAGCAAAAAAAAAUAAGAAAAAAAAAUUACACGAAACACGUCGGCGCUAAACCCGUGUCCACAGAUCGGAAAUAAAACAAUCAAUACGACAAUACUAACAAUCUUAUCUGAACAACAUAAAUAACAAUAAAUGACAAGUGCAAACACGCGGGCAACGCCGAGGGGCUGAACCUGAAAAAGCAGCCGAGAAAUCAGUUGAUAUCACUGAUCAGUUGAUAGCAAGAUCGUAAAACUGGCAUAUGGAGACCGGCUUUUCUGUCUCUUAUCAGUAGCUGAUGCUCAACGCUCUCGCUCGCUCUCUUUCUUUCUCUGCCUUGUCAUUCUGGAACAUUGUCUUCUUAUCUUAAAGAAAUAUUCGAAUUCUCGACUGUAACUUAACGAUCGCCUGGGCAGACGUAUUCAGAGCGCGAAGUCUGUCAGUUGUUGUCAUCGGAAGCGAAUUGAAUUGAAUUCAAUACACAUCUUCAUACUUGUACUCGUACACUCGUUGUCAAACUCCCCCCAUACCGCUCACCUACACCUGUAUACCUUAUUAAUAUCAAGUAAAUAUUUGGACAGAGUUUGCAGCAAUUGCAGCAGAGGAAGCAACAGCAGUCGGCAACUGUUUAAAAGUUGAGAUACCGAUAUGGUUCAUCAGUAUUCGGCGUGGAAGGUGCUAACUCGUCGCAAACGUCUAACAGCCGAUGGCAGCGAGGGAGAAACAAAACUGAAUCGUGUCCUGGGCCUAUGGGAUCUCACAGCAUUGGGCGUGGGCUCCACUUUGGGCGCCGGCGUCUAUGUUCUGGCCGGCCAAAUAGCCAAGGAGCAAGCGGGUCCAUCGGUAAUGAUAUCCUUUGCCAUCGCAGCCCUCGCCUCCCUACUCGCGGGCAUUUGCUAUGCGGAAUUCGGAGCUCGAGUGCCCAAGGCUGGAUCUGCGUAUGUCUACAGCUAUGUGUGCAUUGGGGAGUUUGUGGCCUUUGUUAUUGGCUGGAAUCUGAUAUUGGAGUAUGUCAUAGGUACGGCCAGCGUUUGUCGUGGUAUUAGCCUUUAUUUGGACACGCUGCUCAAUGAUACCCUGAAGGAAACAUUUGCUGCGGUGGCGCCCAUGAAUGUCAGCUUUAUGGGCAGUUACUUUGAUUUCCUCGCCUUCGGUUUGGUUGUAGUUUUCGGCGUGGCUUUGGCCUUUGGCGUGGAGACCUCUGCGAUGGCCAAUAACUUUGUCACGUGCGUUAAUAUUUUCAUCCUGGGCUUUGUCAUAAUUGCGGGAGCUGUGAAGGCCGAUUUCAGCAACUGGACUGUGGAUGCGGCUACAACAAAUGCUACUAGUGUAGGCAAUGGUGGCUUCUUUCCAUUUGGCUUUGAGGGCACUCUGCAGGGAGCCGCCACUUGCUUCUUUGGCUUUGUGGGCUUUGAUUGCAUUGCCACCACUGGAGAGGAGGUGCGUCAGCCUCGCAAGAAUAUACCACGCUCCAUUCUGCUCUCACUACUCAUCAUUUUCCUCUGCUACUUUGGAGUGUCCACUGUGCUGACCCUGAUGUUACCCUAUUAUGUGCAGGAUGUGAAUGCUCCGCUUCCCUAUGCCUUCGAGUAUGUCGGCUGGCCGGUGGCCAUGUGGAUUGUGACCAUUGGUGGUUUGGUGGGUCUCUUGGCCAGUCUCUUUGGUGCACUGUUUCCACUGCCGCGCGUCAUGUACUCCAUGGCUCAGGACGGUCUUCUGUUUCGCUUUCUGGGCAAGAUCAGUCCGCGCUAUCAGGUGCCUGUGACGGGCUCCAUUGUGGCUGCCCUCUUUACAGCUCUCUUUGCGGGUCUAUUCGAUCUGGCCCAGUUGGUUAGCCUGCUGUCCAUUGGCACGCUUUUGGCCUAUAGUGUUGUAGCCAUAUCCAUCACAAUUUUGCGCUAUAUGGAGUACAGCGAGUCGGAGGAGCAAACACCGCAGGGCAUCUCGGAAACUUCUUCACUGACAUCGAGAAGUGAACGCUUCACUUGGAGUUCACUUUGCACUCAACUCUUUAAUGUGCAUCGCGCUCCGGAACCGAACCAAAUUUCAACAAGGAUUGUGGGCGUGCUGACGACCUUGUUCUGUUUGCUCUCUCUGGGACUUGGCGUGCUCCUCAUGCAAGGAUAUUCGGCCAUCAGCUCAGGCAAGGCUUGGGCCUUGACUUUGCUCAUUCUCCUCUUGGUGCUGAUUGCUGUGGUGCUAUUGCUCACCUGUUUACAGCCACGAGAGCCACGGAGUCGGCUCUUUAGGGUGCCCUUUGUGCCUGUGGUGCCUGCCAUUAGCAUCUUUAUAAACAUUUAUCUCAUGCUACAGCUGGACAGCUGGACUUGGAUACGUUUCGGUGUCUGGAUGAUUGUGGGUAUACCCAUAUUUAUUGCAUGCUGGUGUCUCUAUGACAUCAAAAAUCUCAAGAAACGCAAUCCAGAACGCAUUGAUUUCUACAAGGCCUUAAAAGUGCCCAAAGAUGCAGAUUUUGUUGGGGUUAAUAGUAACGGAAUCCACUCCAAGCUAAGCACAAUGACGAAUGAAACGCAGCUUGUGGGAAAUUCGAGUAGCCUGGAUCAAAUACAGAACUUAAGUGAGGUUUAUGACGACUUAAGAGAAAAGAAACAUGCAAACGGCAAAAUCUUUUAUGUGGAGGAUACAAAGAGCGAACAUUCUAGGACCACGUUGGCCGCCAACGAUGCUGAGGCUUGUGAGGAUGAACACUCGGUUAUCGCGAUGCUGGACGAUGUUCUCGAUGCGGAGGAUUCACAACAACAGCAGCUAGAACAACAUCAGAUCUUUUCUCGUAACUUUAGCAUUGAUUCCGAAUUGCUACCCAGUGUAAUAGAAACCACAAUAUUUGCCACUGUUCAUAAUAGCAGCAGCGAUGAUGAUGAAGUGUCCAGUCAGCGAUCCUUAGAGCUAUACAGGCUGGAGGAUUGCAGGAAAGCUGCUAAUGAAAUGCUUCAGGAGAUGUUCGAUAGUGUUGCAUUCUACGAACAACUGCAGGCAGCCAGGACAAGACAAUCUUUAGUCAAAGAGGAAUCCUCAGUUAAAGAGGAAACAACAGAGUCCACUUCACCUCAACUCAGACCUCAACUAAAGCGUGUUCCUUCGGUUGUCUCGACAGCAUCGCAGGCUUCUUUCACCUCUGUGGUCGAUGAUCCCUUGCAUUCGGAAAAGUUUAAGGAUCGACUGAGCCACCUCAUUAUGAAUCCCAAUGCGCACAAGUCCAAGAAAAGCGAAGAGCCAGCGAAUCCGGCUGAGACAACCAAAGAGAAACCCACAAGGCCGCAGCUGAAGCAAUCGAAAAGUGAAACUGAUGUCCGACUGCUGUUGCUGAAGGCCAUUCGAGAGCUGAAAGCGGACAGUGAUGAUGAGUCUGUAGCUGAUGGCAACGGUAAUGAUAAUGGUGAUAAGGCUGCAACAGUAACUACAUCGCCUAGAGCUACCAACCAUAUACCGCGCCCACCCAAAUUCGAUCCGGUUUUGUACAAGACCAUAAACAGCAUUAGUUUGCACAAACAGCGACCUAGUUUGAGCCGAGAGCUCAACGUGGAUGCCAAGAACAUGAAGGUAGUUGCAGCAGCUCAGCAUCUAGUUGACUCCCCCACAUCCGAACCGGAGCCAUCAACAAAAAUAGCAACAGCAACAACAGCAAUUGCAGAGCCGGAGCCGGAGACGGAGCCAGAGCCGGUGCUAUUCAAAGCGAAAUUGGAGGCCAUAUUGCAACGGGGUCCCUCGCAUCGCCUGCAGCAGCGUCCGGCAGCGGGAACGGGAACGGGAACGAGAACGGGAACGGGAACGGAUGUGGGGAUGCGCCGUCGGCCGCAAUCUACGUACAUUGAGGAAACAGCAAUUGAAUGAGCCCAAAACCAAAGAGGGUGCAAUUUUGUAGCAUACUGUAAAACUACACUACACACUCCACUAAUGUAAUCUAAUGCUAAGUAGUUGUAGUUGUAGCUGUAGUUGUAGAGCUGUUAGCUAGUUAAAUGGAAGCAAUACUAGAUGAUAAGUGCCGAAGGCUGCAGCGCAACGGGAAAUGCGUGAAAUUCAAUUGCAAAUUUCUCGAAUUUGUGAAAAUUUGGAAAAUUCCGUUAGCUGUGCUGGUAGCACGCUGCCAAUUAUGGGAUGUGUAAGUGGCACGCGAAAUCUGUUGAGUGGCAGUUAGCGAUAGCAGCAAGAAGCUAAUGAAAAGCUACGGGUUAUGUCUUUAAUCGGAUAGAAUUGUAAAAAAUGUUCGAGAUUAUGAUAUUGUUGCUUUAGAAGAUUUCUUGGAACAUUAAAGCAUUAGUAUUAUAAGCUUAUAAGAAACAUUCAUCACUAAAAAUGUGAUAUAAAACAAAGAAUAAAAGCAGAAUACAUUCAAUAAUAUGAAUUAAACAAAGUUUAUUUAAUGUUACUAAUUUCCAGUUCAAUCAAGUGAGCUUACUUAUAAGAUGAACCCUGCCAUCUCUUAAUCUGUAAAUUACUAAUUAUAAUAUUUACUACACUUUAAUUAUAUUAACUAUGUAAUUGUCGAGUUAGUCGAUAAUAACUACUUAAUUCAACAAGAUGAAGUUGCUCAAUUGCAUGUGCAUGAAGUAAAAGUAUUGUUAAGUUAAUCGAGUUCGUUAAAUUAAUGAAAUGAGUUCACUUUCCAAUUCUCUUAGGUCUUUCCAUAUACUUAUUCUAUGGACUGCCCAAUAGCUAUAGAGAAAUGAGAAGACAACGCUCCGGCUGGCAGAAGCUCAAAUAUAGUGGAGAUCUUUAAAGAACAACAAACAAACAAGGGGAACUGAAUGAAAUAGAUGAGAAUAUAACACAAUCAAAACUUGAUAAUUACUUAGAUGUAUGUCCUAAGCCAAUUUGAUAAAUGUGAACAAUUUGUUGUUAUAAAUAAAAAUCUAGUUGUAAUUAAUAAAA